CACGUGUUGGAUUGAAGAACAAAUUAAAAAUCUUCAAAUAUGAAGUCAUGUAUACUGCCAUGGAUGUUCCUAUCAAUUAUAUGCUCAGCUUCGGCCUACCACAUUCUAUGUCUUCACCACAUACCAUCCAUGAGUCACCACAAUCUCGGAAAAGGAAUCGUGAGAGCUUUGUUGAAAGCUGGUCAUGAGAUAACUUGGGUGACCCCCUAUCCGAAUAAAACCUUGGAAAACUCCAACUUAACAGUUAUAGACGUUAGUGACGUCAUCGAAGCUACUGGUCCGUUAGACGUAAAGCUCAGUCGUGUAACGAGCAUGUCGAUGAUAAAAGAGAUCACCAGGAACAUAUCCCAAGCGGCCCUGCACGUCAAGGACUUGAGGGAGGCGCUGGUGAGGAACCAGUACGACGCGGUUGUCUCUGAGUGGUUCAUGUCGGACGUAGAGGCUGGUUAUGCAGCAAUACAGCAAGUUCCUUGGAUAUUGAUCAGCACCAUAGUGAUGCAUCCUCACUUGGAGUACCUGGUGGAUACAGUCCGCUCAGUCCCAACCAACCCCAUGAUAAUGUUCGACUUCCCCAUCCCCAUGGAGUUGAAACAUCGGUUGAUGAAUAGCGUGGUCUAUUUAUUUACUAUUUUUGAUAAUUGGUGGGACAGUUCAUUCAACGCAGCUCUCUACAAAUCCUCCUUCGAGCCCUUAGCGAAGGCCCGAGGCGUGACUCUGCCCCCUUACUCAGAAGCCUUGUUCAAUAUCUCCAUACUAUUUGUUAAUUCUCAUCCCUCCUUCUCCCCCCCACAGAGCUUACCACCGAAUGUAAUUGAAAUUGGUGGCUACCAUAUUGAUGAAGAUACUCCCGCGUUACCAAAGGAUCUUCAGACAAUCUUAGACGCUUCACCUCAAGGCGCUAUCUUCUUCAGCAUGGGCUCAUUACUGAAAUCUUCCUCCUUGCCCGAGGAAGCGAAGCAAGGUCUCAUCAAGAUGCUCGGUGAACUGCCUUACACCGUGAUCUGGAAGUACGAAGAGGAAAUAAAAAAUCUUCCGAAGAACAUUCAUGUUAGGAAAUGGAUGCCACAGACUAGCAUAUUGGCACACCCAAACACGAAAGUGUUUAUAUCACAUGCUGGACUCCUGAGCACUCUUGAAGCUCUGCACUAUGGAGUGCCCAUGCUGGCUAUUCCAGUCAACGGAGACCAACCACGCAACGCGAACAGUGCUGUAAGAAACGGGAGAGCCAUUAAAGUGGAGUUAGGUCCAGAUAUGGUGCCCGAGGUUAAAGCUGGUCUUAUGGAAUUGUUUAAAAACGCCAGCUAUUAUACCAGAAUGCAGCAUCUGUCGAAGCUGUUCCGCAUACGACCCGUCUCGCCUUCAAAGAUGAUAUCUCACUACGUUGAGCUCGCAAUUGAAACUAAAGGUGCUUACCACAUCCGUUCGCCAGCGCUCCAAUAUCCGUGGUACCAGCUCUUGAUGCUAGAUCAGUUGCUCGUUUUCUUCAUAAUUGUAUAUAUCUUAUAUUCGAUACUAAAACUAUUGUUCGUAAUCGCGAAAUAUUUUUACAAUCCGUUUAAGAGGAAUGUCAAACGAAAAACGAAUUAG